GAUUUCUUAAUAUUUGGAAUCUAAGGACUGGAAAGUAUCCUAUUCAUCGUUUUGAGCAUGAUGCAAGAAUACAAGCACUAGCCCUCAGCCAGGAAGAUGCAACAAUUGCCACAGCUUCUGCUUUUGAUGUCGUAAUGUUAUGCCCCAACGAGGAGGGAAAUCUCCAAAUAGCUGCAGAAUUUGAAGUUCAGAAACUGGUUGACUACCUUGAAAUAGUUCCAGACACUGAAAGGUACCCUGUGGCAGUGGCCACUGCUGGAGAUCUGGUAUACCUGCUAAAAGCUGAAGACUCUGCCAGAACCCUCCAUUACGUCUACGGGCAGCCAGUCACGUGUCUGGAUGUCUCCGCCAACCAGGCUGCUUUUGGUGUGAAGAGUCUGGGAUGGGUGUACGAAGGAAACAAGAUCCUGGUGUACAGCCUGGAAGCAGAACGCUGUGUCUCGAAGCUGGGCAACGCGCUGGGUGACUUCACCUGUGUCAACCUCCGGGACAGCCCUCCCAACCUCAUGGUCAGCGGCAACAUGGACCGGAGGGUGAGGAUCCACGACCUCCGCACCGACAGCAUCGCCCUGUCCAUCUCCGCCCACCAGCUUGGAGUUUCCGCGGUCCAGAUGGAUGACUGGAAGAUCGUCAGUGGAGGCGAGGAGGGCCUGGUCUCCGUGUGGGACUACCGGAUGAGCCAGAAGCUGUGGGAGGUUCACUCCAGACACCCUGUGCGGCACAUCUCCUUCAACAGCCACAGCCUCAUCACGGCCCACGUGCCCUACGAGCGGGUGGUGCGCAGCGCCGACCUGGACAACUUCGCCACCCACCGCAGACACCGGGGGCUGAUCCAGGCCUAUGCGUUUGCAGUGGACCAGCUGGCCUUUCAGAGCACGGUACCCAUUUGCCGCUCGUCCUGUGAUGCCAUGCCGGGUUACAACUACGACCUCGCACUUGCCUUCCCCCCUGACAGUAUUUAGGGAAGCGCUUCACUGGCGAGCAGGAGGGGCACCGCAUGGGGCUGUAAGUGUUGGGGAGAAGAGCAACCCCAGGGCGCACUGUGUGACCCCCCCACAUCCCUCUGCGCCUUUGCUUUCCCCGUUGCUGGGUUCUCCCUGCAUCAUUGUGUACACUGCACAGAGGUCUUCACUGUAGCUCCCAGGUGAGGCCCUGUGGCACCCCCCUCCAGCACACUCACCCUCUUUCCAGUCUCCAAACUCCUUCUUCUUUGGGUCUUUGGGGGGGGGCCUUUGGAUACGCUGGUCUCUGAGCUGACAGGGCCUCAUCAGCCACCCAGCUCUUGGAUCUGAGGUCACGAAUUCAACUCUGGGUCGUCCCCAGUCUGGGAGGAUAGUCCUUUAUCCUGGUAGCUUUUGAUUUAUAAUUAUAUAUUUGUACAAUGAUUUCAUUAAUAACUUUUGCUUACUACGAUGUCUGUAACAUGUGACACAAAGUAGACAUUUUCUACAUACUCAUGAAUAAACAGCUGUCCUCCACCUAGGGGGAAGAUGAUGGA